CUUGCACUGCUUUUCAGUGAGGGUGAGUGCAAAAGAUACAUCAAUAUGAGGUAUCAAACUGAGGCGUAGAUGUUCCUUUUAAGUGGCUGCUCAUUUCCUUGAGCCAUAAUAUGGGCUAAAGGUUAAUUUACACAAUCUCCGUGGAAGAACAAUUUCUCUUUUUUUGGGAAGGGAGAAGGAGGGGGAAAGGGCGUUGUUUCAUAUUCUUUCCCACCUAUAGACUCCAUGUGAUGUACAGUGCUGCUCAUGCAGAUUUUUUUUUUCCCCCCACUGGAUUAUUUGCUAAUCAGACUUCAGUGCAGUGGAGAUAAGAGCGAGACUGUUGCCUAGCUCCCGAGCCCGGAGCCAGGACCGCCGCCGCUGCCGCUCCGCCGUCCCGCCUCUCCAUGGGCCCGGCGCGGCGGAGCUGUCCGAGGUGCUAGGAUGAUGCUGGCUGCGCGGGGGGUCAGGGCAGCCGGAUUGCAGCAGGAGAGGAGCCCCACAGUCCUGCUGGCACCCGAAGGUAGGCUUGCUCUUUGUUUGAGAAUUCCUGAUUAAUCAACAACAGCACCAACAGAGCCAGGCAGCCGGUGAGAGCAAGCCUGCCUGUAGUCACGGGGGAGAGAGAGACGAUGCCACAAGCCAGACUGCUUCAGACCUUCUGUAUUUGAGUGGCAAUGAGCGAGCGAGCGUCUUUCCUUGCUGCAAGAAGCCAUUUGGAUAGGAUAUUUGCUCUUCCUUAUAUUCCUUUUUUUUGUCUCCACAGAACAUAUUCAAAUGAGGCACCUUAGAAAUCUCUGUGUUAGUGCAUAUGAUGGUGCUGUAAUCGUCUGUGUUGUAAAGUGGGUAAAAAUCAUCCAGUUUCUUCUCUGCUGGACCUCAAAGCAGGGUGUUGUUUAUACCCUCCCAUUAUCCAUACCCUCUCUUCUCUGAAUGUGGAUUUAAAGAAGCAAGCACUUGUCUUUUCUUUCCACUGCGUUGUUUUUUUUUUCAAAGCCAAACUUUCCAUGCCAUUUUAAUCAUAUGUUAAGAAGAUCUGUAACAUAACACAUUGACUUGUAGUGAUGUUGAAUUCUACAAUCUGGGCAAUUCUGCCAGCAAGAUUUAAUGCACUUUAACUGAAGAAAAAACUGAGCCUAACUGAAAAUCUGUUUCUUAUGGUGCUGAAAUAUCCCUUCCGACUGCACUGAGGUAACCACAGGAAAGGGCUUUUACAGGCAAAAGUCACCUUUGAUUAUUGCACUUAGUGGUCCCCGUGGACUUAGAUUUUGGAAACGUUGCUUUCCUUUGUUCAUUAUCUCCUGCAAGAUGAUGAGUUCUAAUCAGGAGGAGGUCACUUUGGGCGCUUUUCUCCAGUAUAUUGAAGAUAUGGGGAUGAAGGCCUAUGAUGGCUUGGUUAUACAGAAUGCAUCAGACAUUGCUCGAGAGAAUGAUCGCAUGAGGAAUGAAACAAACCUGGCUUACUUGAAAGAAAAGAGUGAAAAACGUCGAAAACAAGAAGAAGCAAUAAAACGCAUAGGUGGAGAAGUAGCAAGAGGAAAUGAAGGCAGCUACGUGGGGAAACAUUUCCGCAUGGGAUUUAUGACAAUGCCGGCUCCUCAGGACAGACUGCCUCAUCCUUGCUCCAGUGGCUUUACCGUGAGAUCCCAGUCUCUUCAUUCUGUUGGAGGAACUGAUGAUGAAAGUAGCAGCUCUCGUAAGCAGCCACCUCCAAAACCGAAGCGAGACCCCAACACCAAACUCAGCACCUCAUCUGAAACAGUCAACACAGGAACAACAAGUAAAAGUGGGAAACUACCGGACCGGACUGAAGCUUUGGAUCAGGACCCACGUCUGCUGAUGUAUGAGUGGCAGAGUUUCAACACAGUGUCAGCCAAACCAAGACCUCACAGUGAUGAAUACACAAAGAAGAUUCCACCUCCUAAGCCGAAACGAAAUCCAAACACUCAGCUAAGCACAUCUUUUGAUGAAACAUAUAUCAAAAAGCAUGGCCCUAUGAAGACAACACUCACUAGGGAUGCCUCUUUAUCGCAGGUCAGCAGUCCUGCUCCAGACACAGAGGAAGAAGAGCCUGUUUAUAUUGAAAUGGUUGGGAAUAUUCUCAGAGACUUCAAAAAAGAUGAGGAUGACCAAAGCGAAGCCGUCUAUGAGGAGAUGAAAUACCCUAUAUUUGAUGAUGUAGGCCAAGAUUCAAAAUGUCAAUGUGAAUAUGACCAUCACACUUGUUCUUCUCAGUGUGCUACUCCCACAGUGCCUGACCUAGAUUUCACCAAGUCUUCAGUGCCAUCUACUCCCAAGGGCUUGCUUUGUGAUAUACCCCCACCAUUUCCAAAUCUGCUUUCUCACAGACCUCCACUGCUGGUGUUCCCACCAGCACCAGUGCAGUGUUCCCCAAAUUCUGAUGAGUCUCCUCUAACUCCACUAGAGGUCACAAAGCUUCCCGUUUUAGAAAAUGUGUCUUACAUCAAACAACAAGCUGGAGCUUCUCCGUCUUCACUGCCACCUCAUACACCAGGCCAUCAAAAACUGGAGAAAGAUCAGACAGUAUCUCAUGGAACUAGCACCCCUGGGCACACCUCCUCACCUCCUCAUCCUUCUACCUUAUACAGAACACAGUCUCCACAUGGUUAUCCUAAAAGUCACUCUGCCUCACCUUCUCCUGUCAGUAUGGGUAGGUCUCUUACCCCCUUAAGCCUCAAAAGACCUCCACCUUAUGACUCUGUGCAUUCAGGAAGUCUCUCAAGAAGCUCUCCAUCAGUGCCUCAUUCUACAGCCAGAAACACAUUGCAAGAAGGAGGAAAGAUGGUAAAUGCCUCUGUCAGUACCUACGGGUCAUCCUGUCAGAGUGGUUCCCGUUCUCGGACACCCACCAGUCCUCUGGAGGAACUAACCAGCCUCUUCACCUCAGGACGAAGUCUCCUGAGGAAGUCCUCCAGUGGCAGAAGAUCUAAGGAACCUGCAGAAAAACCACUAGAUGAGCUGAAGAUCAGAAGUCACAGCACUGAACCACUACCAAAGCUGGAAAACAAAGAGAGAGGAUAUCAUGGGACAACUUCCUCUAGGGAGCCAGGGAAAGCUCAGGAAUGGGAUGGAACGCCGGGCCCGCCUGUGGUGUCCAGCAGGCUGGGGAGAUCCUCUGUCAGCCCAACCAUGUUGGCUGGAAGCAACAGCUCAGAGUCUAAAGCAAGCUGCAGAUUAGGUCGGUCUGCAUCCACGUCAGGUGUGCCUCCUCCCUCCGUGACACCGCUCAGGCAACCCAGUGACCUUCAGCCGAGCCAGGUCACGUGUAUGCAGUGGUUGCAAGGGGACCAUACGAUGCUGGAUAUGAUCGAAAAAAAACGUUGCCUCUGCAAAGAAAUAAAAGCUCGACAGAAAUCAGAGAAAGGACUCUGCAAACAGGACAGCAUGCCUAUUUUGCCGAGUUGGAAAAAGAAUACUGGGACCAAGAAAUACAGCCCUCCUCCUUAUUCCAAACAACAAACUGUGUUCUGGGACACUGCCAUUUGACAGGCCUGUGGAGGAUACCUUCUCCACUGUGUUGCACCGAGCACAGGUAGCCUGCUUUCUUAAUAAGGCAAAGGCUCUAACCUAAGACUUAUCUGCAGGUGGUGAACUUCCUAGGAAAAAAAACCACACCCAUACAGUGCUCACCUGUCAAUCAAGAGAGAGAUUUACGUUUCUGACUGGAUUAAGACAUACAUAUUUAUCCAGGAUUUUUUUGGAUCCGGAAGAUAUCAAAAUGUAAAUAUUUCGCCAAUAUAUUGAAAACAUCCAAACUAAUACACUGUUUAAAUAUAUAUAUAUAUAUAAAAUUCAAAAAUUUAUGAAGAAUUUUACUAUAUAAUGUUACUGUUAUACUGUUUUAUUACCUAUUUUCUAUGUUUUCUUCUACUGUUCACCCCCGCUGCCACCAUUUUAUUUCUCUGACCUGCCUAGAUGUGGCCUCUGUACAAAAGCAUGUGGUUGUACAUUUUGUUGAAGAGUACAAUGUACAAAAAAACAUGGUGCUAGGGCUGUAGAAGAUAACUAGAGUUGUACUUGUUAGAUGUCCUUAGCUUUGGGGGGGGUGGGGGAGGAUGGACAAAGGAGAGAGUUCUGGUGGGAAACAGUGAAACUGCAAGCCGAAGUGCUUAAUGUGGAUGCCCAAGUUGCAUUUAAAAUAUUAAUUGUUCUGCAUCUGUUUUCCCCAUAACGUUAAUCAGAUAAAUUGCCCUUGGUUUCAUAUGAAUCAGUUGCUAAAAUUAUUUGGCCAAGAAUCUAAAUUUUCUGCAGCAAAGCCUGCAACAAAACUCUUCCUUCAUUGCAUUCAGUUGAUUAGCAGAGACCAUGGUUCACUGUGACUAAGCAUUGUACAGCCCGUGACGGACAGACCCGGUCGCUCAGCAGGUUAAGGCAGUGCCACCGCAGCCACCACUCCUGUCCACAUUUGUCUUUGGUCCAGAAAAAUAAAGGCGACAAAAACCUGUUUACAUUUUUAUUGUUUUUAAAUCCAGCAACACAUCCUUACUUACGCUGUGUCAGAUUUCCUUGUGUUGUUUAUAAAGGCUGGAAUUCAGGCCCCUUGAAAGCCAGUAGGGAAAUCCCUCUUGAUUUCAUGCGGUUUUGAAGCAGAGGCCCACGUAACGUGUUCUCCCGGCUAUGCCGCUUCUUCUUCCUGGCUGCUUCUGUAAUUGGCUUGCAAUCCUGUAUUAUAUUACACCCAUUUUAACAGAAUAUUAUGUCAUGACCAAAGAAUUAUGACCUCCUGGUUUUAACGGGAGAAAGAGAUGGCUUAUACUGAUUAUGAGGGUGAAAUCCAUGCGAUGAAAUAUCUUCCAAAAUGAUCUGUUGAGAACAAGGGAACCUUGUACUUCUGUGGAGUAAGGGAAAGAAAAGAUCUAUGGCAUAUAUUUUGUAUAUUUAAAUUUCUAUCUAUGUGUCUGAAGUUUGGUAGCACAAAUGUCCCUCUUUAAAACAAUCAUUUUAAUAUUAUAUUUGCCGAGAAGAAAAGGUGUGUUGUUUGAAACUUCUUGUUAUAUUGGCUUUUCUUUGAAAUUAUAUUGACAGCAUUGCCACAGCUGUAAUUGCUGAUCAAAAAAAACCAAAAAUAACAAAUUUUAGAAGGUUUUUGUAAUCUAUAUUGCUAAAGUUUGAGUUUGAGUAAUGCUUUAUCAGUAGUAGUUUCUUUUCAGCCUCUGAAAUAAAGUUUUUAAAUAUUUUAUAACUAAUUAACUAAUGUAUAUUUUGAUGUCCAAACUGAGAUUUCUGUAAAAGAUAAAGUGUGUGUUUAUAUGUGUGUAUGUAUAUUAGCAUUAUUGUAUAUGUAUAUAUGCAUAUGUGUACACACAUAUAUAUGUAUAUAUGCAUGUAUCUCUAUAUACGCAUAGAUGUGUGCAUACGUAUAUACCUGCAUACAUUAAAUAUGGGUGUGUUAGGAAUAUACAGUGGCUGGAAUGGGUACACAAUUGAAAUGCGGAUUUAAAGAGCCCUUCACAGCUGAAAUGACAGAAGACAUGAAAAAACCACAGAGGCUGUGAAGGAAUCUUUGGAUACAUGUUACAUCCAAAAGACACCAACUGUAUAUUCUGCUUAUUCUCUUUUUUUUAAAGAAAGAAAAUGGCAGAAGAAAAACUCCAGAGAUCUCACAAUGUUCCAGAAUCUGCUGGAAAGAAGACAACUUGUUGGUCAUGAGAAAUCUGUUGAGAUAACAGGUUCAUUAUCCAGAAAGUGUUUAUGCUUUGCCUUCCUUGUAAUGUGGCAAGAGAAGAAUUUUCCAUAACCAUGUGUGAAAUACUUAGCUCAGCCCUUUCCCCCAACUGCACAGGGUCUCUGGUGACAAAAUGAAAGCUGGCGUUCAGUCAAUCUUGAUAGUCCUUCUCCACACUGGUCUCUUCCCGGAGCAGUUCCUUUGAAACCCCACUGCUGAAGCAGUGUCACAGUCCAGACCCGUGGGCUGCAGCGCCCGGCCCUUUGGGGGAAGGCAGAUGUUAAUGUGAACAGUUACGUGUUUGACAGUGUUUGUUCAUAUCGUGUCCUUUUCAUAUCAAUAUGUAAUAGGAAUAAUGAUCAGGGAAUUGAAGCAUUCUUGUCCUAAGCAGACUUGCUUGUACACUUAGCCCACCACAAACCACUCCUUGUUUUGCUUUUAUUGCUCAACACUGUUUGUGUUGUCCUUCCUAAAUAACUGCCCAUGUGCUUCCAGACCUCCAUUGUAUCCCAUGGAAACAAUGGCUUUUUGUUUCAAAGCGCGACAACAUGAUGAGGUAAAAUAUAACUUAGCACUUACCUUCAAAGCACUUUAGAAAUGUGAAGUAAACCUCACACUUGCGAGAACCGUUUUACAGAGGCAGGAAGUGAGGCUUGGGUGGAGUAGUUUCUGAAGGUCAUGGACAGAGCCAGGACAGGACAUAGGCCACUGACCUGUCCCCUGACUGCUGGCCCACCCCAUCCCUCGAGUAAAAGGCACAUCGUGCUGCCGACAGCUGCCAUCACAACGCUGUUAAACAUUCCCUACAGCACCUCUUGUCUCAGCAGCUUCUGCGUCACAGGGUGAAUGACAGUGCUUAGUUACACACGGUCAUUAAAGCUGUAGUCUGUAUAAAUAUGCAAUCUGUAUAUACAUACAGAUCACAUAUAUACACACACUUAUGAAGACUGUAUAUAUGAAAUUGUUUGGUAUGCACUUAUUUUGCUUUAAACUCCUGAAGGUAAACAUUAUAGUGUAGCAAUUUGUGUAAAGUGCACUGUGAUUUCAAGAAAGCACAGUAAAGUCACAGGUCUUGUUAUUCUUGCACUAAAAAUGUGUUUACGUAUAUUAGCCAAUGUAUGUCUACUUUAUCGCUCCUUUUGACAAAUUAAAGCAAAUGGUAUAAAAUAGUAUGGGGUUUUUUUUUGUUUGGGUUGUUUAUUUUUAAGUGGACAAUGGCACUAUGUUUUUAAAUGACAGGGUUUUUAAAUAAAAUGAAAUCAUUCUGUGUUCAUUCCGAUGUAAUACAUUUACCAAUAUCUUGAAAUUGAAUGUCAUGUUGCUUUUUUUUAUAUUUCAUUAGAAAUUGUCAGGUAUGUGCCUGAGAUUGUGUAGGAAUAAGGAGUAGCUAGAGGCUAACUGUAAUCAUAUAUUAUUAGCCGUUUCUAUAUACACAGUAUAAAUACAUAUUAAUUUUCUUUUCAUUUUUGUACUUGAUUUUUUUAGGUAAGAUGUAAUUAAAUGUACUUUGAUACUUCUGAAGUAAUAAGAUGUUGUUUGAAGAUCAAUUCUGCUUUCUUUAGUGCAUUGACAAUAUUUUACAAUAAUUUAGUGCUUAUUUAUUUGUGCUCCAGUGUAAUUAUAAUAAAAAGCAAUAGUUUAAAA